CUUUAGCUUUCUCUACACUCUCUCCCUUCAUCUCACCUCCAACUAGUCAGUGCUCCCUCUCCUUUCUGCUCUCUCCCUCUGUCUCUCUUUCUUUCUCUAUAUUCUCUGUGUUUCCCUCUCUCCCAGUCUUUCUCUCCCUCUCUCUCUCUCUCUCUCUCUGUCUCCUUAGUCGGUGUGCUUUGUCUCCCAGCCACUCAGCUACUCUAGUCAAGCCUAUCCAGCUGCUCUACUCAAGCCAGGACCCGCUGUCAACACUCAACACCAGCUGCAAAAAUGGCCAUGAGCAGCAUUCUGAACACUGAUGACAUUAAGAAAGCUCUGGAUGCAUUCAAAGCUGCAGACUCAUUUGACCAUAAGAAGUUCUUUGAGAUGGUAGGGUUGAAGGCAAAGUCAGCUGAUGAUGUGAAGAAGGCCUUCCACGUACUGGAUGCAGACAACAGCGGCUUUAUAGAGGAAGAAGAGCUAAAAUUUGUGCUGAAGGGCUUUGCAACCAGUGGAAGAGAUCUCACUGAUAAAGAGACCAAAGCCUUCUUAAAGGCAGCUGAUAAGGAUGGAGAUGGCAAGAUUGGAGUGGAAGAGUUUACUGCUCUUGUCCAUGAGUAAACAACACUGUCCAGGCCAUGCCAUACCCUAAUGACUACUGACACACACUCCACCACCAAAUCAAUCUCUCUUUCUCACACACACACACACACACACACACACACACACACACACACACACACACACACACACACACACACACACAUAUGCCAAUACAUUUCCAUUCACCUCCUAACAAUCAUGCUAUUUAUUUAUUUUUUCGUUUUUUUAUACAAAUGUGUGUUUGUGUUAGUGUACAGAUGAAGACGUGCAAACCUUCAUUUUGAAAUUGUGUACAGUAGAUUACUUUAAGAGAAACAGCCCACCCCCUUCAACUGUAUUAUUCUGCAUUCCCUUUCUCUUUUUCCCUUUCUCCCGCUAUCAUUUGGUCGAUUGCUCUUUUCCCAACUCUUUGGCAUCGCUUUGCCCUUGUCCUGUCUUCAUCUCACUCUCUCUUCUCUCUGGUACAGAGCCGCUGAGAAAUACACCAAAUAAAGGUCAAACUGUGAACGAAUAUGAAUAAAUAAAACAAGACAAUAUGCCUCGAGGGCUUGGU